AUAAGCACUAGGGAAAAUUUUGAUAAUACCAAGAUGCCUGCAGUCAGUGUUUGCGAUCCUAUUACGGCUAGGCUUCAUCGUACUCUGGAUAAUAGUCCAUCUAAGGCAACAGAUGAUUUAUCAAAUGAUUUAGUCAAUAGUGCUUCCCGUAUUCUGCAAACAGAAGUUCAGUAUAAGGAAGUAAAUGAUUAUAAAACAUCAAUUUUGGAUCAACUAAAAGCUAAGUGCAUAGUACUUGGUUUAUCUUCCUCCGAAAAUAUAGAAGAAAAUAAAGUAAAAGAUAAUACAAAUUACAAGAAGAAAAAUGAUGUGAAUAAAGGGCCUGUUUUACCAGAACCAGUUGUUACGUUAUAUUCUCAAAAAAAAGUACAUCUGGGAUGGAAAGGCACAUUUCCAGUUGGAGCAGGCAUGUAUAAUGUCGGGAAUACAUGUUAUUUGAACAGUACUCUUCAGGCAUUGUUUCAUGUCCCAGCUCUUGUUAACUGGUUAUUAUCUGAUCCACAUCAUAAUUCCAAAUAUGAACAAAAUGUUUUAGAUGGCAGUACAGAAUGCCUUACGUGUGCAGUGGCUAAAACUCUACAGUUUAGUCAUCUGAAAUCUGGAAGUGCGAUCAAGCCAUUUUAUAUAUAUAAUAAGUUAAAGCUCAUUUGCCGAACUAUGGUGCCUGGACAGCAAGAAGAUGCUCACGAAUUUUUACGUUAUUUAUUGGAAGGAAUGGAACGUGCAUAUUUGACUAGGCAUAAAGCGACUAAAUUGGAUAGCUAUUCUAAGGAAACGACACCAAUUAACCAAAUAUUCGGUGGUUAUAUACGUACUGAAGUAAAGUGCCUGCAGUGUCAACAUGUAUCUACCACAUUUCAACACUUUCAGGACUUGCUUGUGGAUAUACGCAAAGCAAAUACAUUGGAUGAAGCGCUAAGUAGUUACUUCAGUAGAGAACAGUUGGACAACAAUGAUUAUAAAUGCGAAGCCUGCAAGAGAAGAGUUCCUGCUACCAAACAAUUUACACUAGAACGCCCGCCAAAAGUGUUGUGUGUACAGUUGAAGCGAUUUAGCGUUUUAGGAGGAAAGAUAUCUAAACACAUCGGUUUUAAACAGACUAUAGAUAUGGGCCGAUAUCUGUGGAGAGAACCAGGAGAGUCUCCUAAGCAGCUCACGUAUAAACUCAUGUCCGUGGUGACACAUAUGGGUCCCUCCGUGAAUUGUGGCCACUAUACAGCGAUCGCGCAAGUGUCGAGCGGUCAAUAUUAUACAUUCGAUGAUUCCUGCGUUCGUCCAAUAAGCCUUAAUAACGUAUUAAGUACAAACGCAUACAUUAUGAUUUUUGAAAUGAAUAGCUCUAGCCAGAGUCAACAGACUGCUAAAGUAAAUGGCACGACAUCCGCCAAGAGCGUGUCGAUUUCGCUACCUAGUUCUACAAAUAAAUCGCUCGUAUCGAAAGCGUCCACAUCCGCUGGAUGUUCCACAAACGGAUUGUCGAGCGAAUUAUCAAGUAACAAUGAUAAUUCAAGUAAUAUAUUAAUCGGGCCGCAGUUGCCGGCGCAAAAAAGCGUAGAAUCGAAUAUUCCCACACAGAAAUGUACCGACAGUAGCCCAAGCACACAAUUGUCACAAAAGACGCAAGAUAAACCGCAGCCGAGAUUAGUUAUGCACAUUAAGAAUGGGAAAGUUUUGAAUGGAAACAGUUUGGUACCCUAUGAUGGUUCCAGCGAGGAAGAAGACACUUGUUCCUACGGAAGUACGAAAAAUCAAACGUCGAGUACCGUAUCCCGAGUUAAUUCUACAAAUACCACAAACGGUGUGCCAAAAUGUUCCGUUGCAAAAGACACGUCGAAGCUGGUCGUCAAUUGUAAAGAGACACAGAAAGUCAACGUUAAAACCAACACCAAUAUCAUACCGAUAACGACGCAGGCUACGGUUGUACAAUACGCAAAAACGCAAAGCGGGUCUAAUAAUAAUAAUAGCCGAAUAAGUUUGUCGAAGCAUCAGAAUGGGAGAACAGAAAUGAACAGUCAGGCAGAACGUGACCAAGAUACGUGGCAUCAGCCCGUCAGAACUAAGAAUAUACAGGAGGAGAAAGUGCCUACAAAGGCUACAAGUAGCAGCAUCAAGGGCUGGCAAGUUUCUAAAGAUACUCCCUCUCCUGCAUCCACUGGGACGCCUAACGGAUGGUCCGUUACAGAUAAUCGGGAAGAUUCUAAGUCGAAUCAAAGUAGCACAACACCAAGUGCUGCAGCUGUACGGGAUUUUAAUGGUACCAAUCGUUCGGAUACUGUUUCGCAUUUACAGAAAAUGUCAUAUCGAGGAUAUGGCAAUUCUUCGGUGUUGAAUUGGAAUGGUGGUAGAACACAACUCGACCGGGACGUUGAAAAUGACAGACGGGAAGAACGCAAACGUCAUUUCAACGCGGAUGACGAAGAAAUAGACAGGGGUCGAGUAAAGAAAGUCAAGGAUCGUCGAUCGUACGAAGGUAGAGCUAGUAUGAGUUACAAUUCAUUCCAAGAGUACCAAAACGUCAAACAUUGGAAUCGACCCGUUAGUAAUUAUCAUCGAAGACAUUAUUAUAAUACUUCUUACGGACGCUCACGUCAUGGGAAUGGCUACAGAUCCCAGCAUUAUAGAUAUCACAAUCACUCUCGUGUCUGGCGUGAAAGACUAAGCGGGUGAAAGAUCGAAUCGUAUACUAGGGACUGUAUCAAUGAUUUGAACGAAUAGACUGCAUCAGUUCUUACUGCAUAGAUACAUCAUUUCUCAGUACGGUUCGAAAGUCAGGACCUGCGUCAGGACCUAUGAGGUUUCAAUAGUUAAUACGCACGUUCAUCAAAGACAAUGAUACAUUCGCGUAUUUCGAAAUACUAUUAUUGCAUG